AUGAAGCUGUCAUUGAUAGGGUGUGCUCUGUUAGUUGCAGUCGUAGCCAUUGAAUGCAGUCCAGUAUCGAGGAGAGAUGUCGAUGAUUUGAGUCCUCUAAACGAGGUUUAUAUAUUUCAGAAUGAGGACGAAGACAGGACUGACAGAGACAAGAGGAAGAUUGGCAUUGUGAAGCUUGGCGUUUCCAAUGGCAUUCUUAACUUUAUUUUCGGGAAACUCGAUGGUUUUUUGGACGCCAAGACGAAAGCACUGACAGUGUUGGACGAAGGGAACAAGGCCAAAAACGCUGCAUUCGAAAUUGACAACACCAAAUCGGCAACUAGCGAAUUCAUAGCCAAAUUCAUUCAACAAAAGAUCAAGGCUACAACCGGUAGUAUCGGCCCAGCAAUUAAUGCUGGUACAACUUUCUUAUCGAGUGCUGCACAGGGUGUUGCUGGUGCUUUUGCCUCCAAAUUGGCCCCGCUUAGCUCUUUGUCCGGUGGUCUGUCUGGUGGCUCAGGUGGUCAUGGUGGUGGUGCGGCCAGCGGUGGCAGCGGUGGCAGCGGUGGCAGCGGCGGCAGCGACAGCGGAAGUUUCAUCGCUGGUCUCCUCGGCAGCCUCAGCAGUAGCAGCGGUGAUGGCAGUAGCAGCGGUGGCCUCGGCAGUUUGAGUAGUCUGAGCGGUGGACUCAGCGGUGGAAAUGGUGUUGAAGAAGCUGGUGCUGAUUAUCCAAGCGCGUUUGCUGAUGCUAACGCCAACGGUGGUUUCGCUAAUCUUAACGGAGCGAUUCAUCCACGAGUUCAAAGAACAACGAAGAAACCUCAAACGACCACAGAAGAUAUUCCCGAAUUUGACAGAACGAAAGUGUCUUUGGAUGUUCCACCGCAACUGAUUGGUGGUGGAUUUGACCUUAUUACGGCAAUCACUAAAGUCAUCAGCAGUGUGAUAAUGAACUCAGCAAGGAGAACAGAAAGCGUGCUGGAAGUAUUCAAACCGAUUUUCCGUGGUGUAUUUGCAAUCAAAGGACUUCCUUCUGAUAAACCAAAGUAG